UAAAAAUUAUUAUAUUCACAAUUUAUAGUCAAUAUACAUAUGCGUUAAUGCCACGUGUAUUAGCAUUCAAAAUGUUUCACGUCGUAAAACAAUCGUAUUUGAUUCGCAUAAUACUUAAGAUAUAGGAAAUGAUGAGAAAAGAAUCGCCAAUGUCGAGAAAAAUGUCGAAAGUGCCGAGAAAAGUAUCGGAUAAUUUACGCGCAAAUAACGGCACGUGUCGCACGUGUCGAGCCAAUGAAGUUGGCGCUUUAUCGGAAGGCGACCUAGCAACCGCCUAGCGUCGCUAUAUUGCCGCGCGGGAAGAAUCCGUUACAAACGUCAAUGCAGUGGUGCGAAUGUGUGAUACUAUCGUUGAAAAGAAUCCGCGUUGUUUAAACAUAUAUAUUAAUGGAAAUAUAUGGAAGUUCGCGAGCGAUAACUAUAGAAAACGUCGCUUAUGUAAAACAGAUCGCGUCGGGAGUGCCGAUCAAAUACUGAACGUUUGCCGUUAAAUAAUUGAACUUUUGGUAAUUAAAUUUUCGCGAGUGUGUGUCUUGUGAAAUCUGGAUGAAUUCGACACAAAGAAGUUGGCAGAAUGACAGCCUUUCAUUGACAGCUGGCAUUGUAGUGAGUCACAACGAUUGUAAUCCAUUGCGGUCAUAAACAUCUCUUUCUACGAAUACUAAUGAACGGCUGCUGCGAAUUGGGAAGGAAGUACAGCAAGAAUGCAGCAUCCGUGCAAGGAGAAGCGAAAUUACAAUCUCACCCUAAGCCGAUCCAUAGCAGUCAGAAGCUCAUAAUUAUUAACUUACACAAAAAAUUGAAGAAAGACAAUCCACACAUAUUAAAUAAUGAUGCUAUUACUCAAUUAGCAGAACAGACGGGUAUUGGUAUUUCCAGCAUAAAAAAAACAUUGUUGGAGUAUAAGCAUACUGGCGCGGUUACAUCUCCAAAUAAAAAAAAACAUCGCCUAACUUUUAAAGAGAAAGUCGACGAAUUUGACAAGAGUGCUAUUCGAAGAAAAGUGCACGAAUUUUAUAUUAAUAGAGAUUUACCAACGUUCAGCAAAGUUCUACAAGCCGUAAACAUUGACGAAGAUCUCCCAAACUUUAAACGAUCGAUCUUUCACUUAUUGUUAAAGGAAUUAAAUUUUACAUAUACUACCCAAUCCCACGAUAGUAUCUUGAUAGAGAAAGAAGAUUUCAUUAUUUGGAGGAGAAACUACCUGAGGACUAUAAAAAGAUACCGAGAAGAAGGUCGGCAAAUUUAUUAUCUAGACGAGACUUGGAUUAACACCGAUGACAUCACGAAUAAUAGAGUUUGGAUGGAUGAAACAAUUAAAUCCGAAAAGAACACAUUUUCCCGAAGGUUGACUACGGGGUCAGCUAAUCCAAACGGAAAAGGCAAACGACUAAUUGUUCUCCAUAUUGGUAGUGCUGCUGGUUUCGUUCCUGGCGGACUUUUAUAUUUCGAAUCGACGAAACAUACAAGGGAUUAUCACGAUGAAAUGAACAGCGACACAUUUCACGAAUGGUUCAAGAAUAUUUUACCAUCACUAGAUGACAAUGCUGUCAUUGUUAUGGACAAUGCUCCGUAUCAUUCUGUGAAACUAGAAAAACUGCCGAAUAUUUCUUGGAAAAAAACCGAAAUAAUAAAAUGGUUAGAAGAUAAAGGAAAAGAAAUAUCAGAGGCUAUGGUAAAGGCCGAACUCUUGCAAAUUGUUGCAUUACAAAAAAAUAGGUUUGACAAAUAUGUCAUAGACGAAAUAGCAAAGCAGGACAAUAAAACAGUUGUCAGAUUACCUCCAUAUCAUUGCGAACUUAAUCCGAUCCAAAUGGUAUGGUCAAUGGUUAAAGAAUACAUUACAAGUUAUAACAAUACUUUUGAAAUUCAAGAUCUCAAACUAUUAUUGGAACAAGGUAUUAGUCGAGUGACAGCUGAACAUUGGAGUAAUUUUAUUAAGCAAGUUAGAGAUGAAGAAAAAAAGAUGUGGGAGAUCGACUAUAUAAUUGAUAGCAUGAUUGACGGGACAUCUCCGUUAAUAAUUAAUGUCAAAGACGAAAUAAAUUUUGAAACCUCUGAUAGCGAUUAUUAAUUCUGUAUGUCAAUCUGUAUAUAUAAAAUAUCAUUACAGUGUUUCAUUCUAUGUAAUAUUAUAAUUUUAUAUCAUCUUCGUAUAUUUUAUUAUUUUAUUAUUUAUUAUUUAUUUUAUAUUCUAUUAUUACUUAUUUUAUACAGAUAUUAUUACUUCGAUCACAUAUUUAUUACUUAUUUCGUAUUUCAUAUUCUGCUGACUUAUCUCAAAAAAAAUAAUAUUUUUCAAAAGAAUAAAUCUUACAAGUCUACCAAAAUAAAUAUAUAUUUGAUACCAA